GCGCUACUCAGAAGUAUGCGCCGGCGUCCAGGCGCCACGCCGACAAGAAAACGAAACUGCCCGGGAAUUAAUGUUUUUCUUCUUCUGGCAGGAAACGAGACAGAAAAUAGGAAGCAGAAGCUGCCCGCUCCCUGCGCCCCCCGCCCAGGCCGCGCGCGCGCGCUCCAGGGUCUGCGCGCGCCCGCAGCGCGUCCCCGCCGGUUCCGCGCGCCUCGUGCCUCGCGCCUCGCGCCUCGCGCCUGCGGCCACGUCCACGCCCCGGCCCGGCGCGUCGCGGAGUUGGCAGCGGGGAGGCGCGGGCCUGGGUGUGGCCGACGGCUCUCGGCGGCGCUGGUCUCGGCGGUGCUCGGUGCUCUGCUUGCCAGCUCGGCGCGCGUGGGGCUGCUGAGAAUCCCGCGGACCCAGGCAGCGCCCGGCGGUGGACGCGGGCCCGAGCUCCUCCAGGAUGCCAGGAAAGCAUGCAAUGAUACAACACUUGUUCAGAUCACAUCAAAUAUGGAUUCCGUGGGUCGGAUACAAAUGCGAACAAGACGUACGCUGAGGGGGCACCUCGCUAAAAUCUAUGCCAUGCAUUGGGGCUAUGACUCAAGGCUACUAGUCAGUGCUUCCCAGGAUGGAAAAUUAAUUAUUUGGGAUAGCUAUACAACAAAUAAGAUGCAUGCCAUUCCUUUGAGGUCCUCCUGGGUGAUGACCUGUGCUUACGCCCCCUCUGGUAAUUAUGUGGCUUGUGGAGGACUGGACAACAUCUGCUCUAUAUAUAACUUAAAGACCAGAGAGGGAAAUGUGAGAGUGAGCCGAGAGUUACCGGGUCACAUAGGCUACUUGUCCUGUUGCCGUUUUUUAGACGACAGCCAAAUUGUUACAAGUUCAGGAGAUACAAAUUGUGCCCUAUGGGACAUUGAAACUGCCCAGCAGACCACCACAUUCACUGGGCAUUCUGGAGAUGUGAUGAGUCUUUCUCUGAGUCCUGACAUGCGGACUUUUGUUUCUGGUGCUUGUGAUGCCUCUUCCAAGUUAUGGGAUAUUCGAGAUGGAAUGUGUAGACAGUCUUUCUCUGGACAUGUGUCAGAUAUUAAUGCUGUCAGUUUUUUUCCAAAUGGCUAUGCCUUUGCCACCGGCUCCGAUGAUGCCACUUGCCGUCUCUUUGACCUUCGUGCAGACCAAGAGUUAUUAUUGUAUUCUCAUGAUAAUAUUAUCUGUGGGAUCACCUCCGUAGCCUUCUCAAAAAGUGGGCGUCUCCUGUUAGCUGGUUAUGACGACUUCAAUUGUAACGUGUGGGACACACUAAAAGGAGAUCGUGCAGGUGUUCUUGCUGGUCAUGACAACCGGGUCAGCUGUCUGGGUGUAACUGACGAUGGCAUGGCUGUGGCAACAGGCUCUUGGGACAGUUUUCUUAGAAUCUGGAAUUAACAGUGCAUACAAUUUUGCUGUUCGCUGUUGGUAUCUGGAGAAAUCAGUGCUACAGCCUAUAGCUGUGAUAAAAAAAUUCUAAUAUUUGCUGUUGAAAAUUUUUCUAUUGAGAUUACUACAUACAAAAGGAAGCUUUCAGUAAACUACAAAACAGAAAAGGAUAAAAAAAACAA